AUGCUUGCUCUAAGGAAUUCUACACGGACGCUAUUACCUAAAUUCUCAAGAGAAAGGGUUAAUCGCCUUGCACUCGGUCCUGUACUAGUUUCAACCUCCACGAGACGCUUUUUGCCCUCUAUAAAGAAUGAUGUGUCAACUUGCUGUUCUCCAAGGACACGUUUUGUAUGGACUUUUGGUGGCGGAGGCGGUGCUCGAAAUACUUCUAUAAAAAAAUAUGCUGGUCGUCGCUAUUACGCAUCUUCUUACCCGCCACAUAUUGACAUAUUAAUGCCGGCGUUAUCACCUACAAUGACAAUGGGAAACGUAGGAACAUGGCAAAAGAACAUCGGUGAUCCAGUGUCGCCGGGUGAUGUGUUGGUCGAUAUCGAAACUGACAAAGCACAGAUGGAUUUCGAGUGCCAGGAAGAGGGAUAUCUUGCUAAAAUACUUGUAGAGACUGGAACAAAGGAUGUUAAAGUUGGUCAGCCGAUUGCAGUUUUAGUAGAAGGACAAGAAGAUGUCGAGAAAUUUACAGAUUAUACAAUUGCUGAUACUGGGAUUGCUGAUACUGGCUCAGCUCAACCUACACCAAAGGAAGAAAAGCCUAAAGAACAAUCACCUGAACCUCAAAAAAAUUCAGACUCGACAACUACACAGCCAUCUACCCCUUCCCCUCAAAAAAAAUCAUCUGAUAGAAUAUUUGCCAGUCCCUUAGCGCGUAAAUUGGCGGAAGAGCGUGGAAUUCCACUUGAUCAAAUCACUGGAACUGGACCAAACGACCGUAUAAUUAAAGCGGAUGUUGAUAGCUUUGUUGCCCCUGCACCUUCUUCACCUGAAGCCGAAUACACUGACAUUCCUUUAUCUAAUAUACGUAGAGUUAUUGCAGCUCGCCUAACUGAAUCGAAACAGACAGUUCCUCAUUAUUAUCUAACAAUUGAAGCCGAAAUGGAUAAAGUGUUGAAACUUCGAGAAGUGUUAAACAAAGAUAGUGAUGGCAGUUAUAAAUUAUCUGUCAAUGAUUUCAUAAUAAAGGCAUCUGCAUUGGCUCUUAAAAACGUACCAGAAGUGAAUAGCGCAUGGCAUGGUGAAUUUGUAAGACAGUAUCAUAAUUCAGAUAUUUCUAUCGCGACAGCUACUCCUACUGGUUUAAUAACUCCAAUUAUAACAAAAGCGGAAUCAAAAGGAUUAGCCGUUAUAUCGAAUCAAGUUAAAGAAUUAGCCAGUAGAGCACGUGAAGGAAAAUUAGCACCACACGAAUUUCAGGGAGGAUCAUUUUCAAUCUCUAACUUGGGCAUGUACAGCAUAAAAUCAUUCACUGCCAUUAUCAAUCCUCCUCAGUCAUGUAUUCUUGCUGUUGGAACCACAACAAAGAAAUUAGUUCCGGAUGAGAGCCAAACCACGGGCUACAGGGUGACAAAUACAAUUCACGUAACACUUUCAUGUGAUCAUCGAGUAGUUGAUGGUGCUGUUGGUGCACAAUGGCUGAAAGCAUGGAGGAGCUAUAUCGAAAAUCCAUUACGUUUUCUUCUAUAG